AUGGCUCCCCGGGAUCCUAUACCAACCUUCAUACUCUGUCCUGAUUUUAAUAUUCCACCCCCACCCCUUGGCCAGCUACAGCUGGGCUCCGUCCUUGGAGAUCUCGGUAUCCAGGGAGUGCUGAACCCGAUCAAUCGCGGUGAUGAAAUCCAAGUAUCAGAGUCAUCAUUAGUCCCUGCUGAUGGCCCGCUUGAAAAGGCGGGCUUCACACGCCAUCUGGAGGAUCUGCAUCACGGAAAGAGCAGCAUAUGGGCUAGAAUUCUCAAUGAAGACAUUUUGGGCGCGAAAUUCUUUGGUAAACGCACCGGGAACGAAACCUUGACACGAAGAAUUCAAAAGCAAACUCUUGAAUCUCCAACGGUGUCCUCUUUUGUCGACCAGCUUAGGCACAAGAAGCGUAUAUACCUCAUUACAGGCCUAAUUUGGACGGAGGGAGCCAGACUCUCCAAAGUCCAACAUCAGCAAGGGACCAUUAGCAGCGAGCUUGCAGUGCCCGAGCCACUUUCAUCUACCUCGAUUGGCUUGGAGGGAAGCUACUCGCAUGGGUCGACUAUCUCAUGCGGCUUCAGUAGCUCGUCGCCAUUUAUCCUUGGUUUCCGAGUGAAGAAAAUCUGGUGGGACAGGCAUGGAAAGUGGCAUGAAAAGGAGCGCACCGCGGGCUGUACGCUCUCCUAUGGAAGUCACCGGGAUGGCAGUGUUAUGGAUGGUAUCCGAUAUGCUGAUGACGAGGUGGACAGCGCAGAAGACCAGACAUUUGUGGAUGAGACCUUGUUUGGAGAGACUGAUCCUAUCACUUGGAUUAUACGGCGAUAA